AUGAUCACCGCGGCCCUCCGUCAGAGCCCGAUCAUCGCUGUCGAUAUGGCCAGCUCCACCACGACGACGCCUUUGACCACCACAAGCGUUACCACUGGCGUCAAUAACAGCGCAGACACUGACACGGGUGCCACAGCUCCCGAGCUAAGCGACCUCGACUACUUCAUCACCGUACUCCAAUUGCCGCAUGGUCGAACGGAGAACCAGAUCGAGGAUGACCUCGUUUCCAAGGCGAAUGCACUCGGUAUCUCGAGUGCGCCCGUUACUGAUAAGCGUAUCACCUCAAGCGUCGAGUCAGCCUCGACAGUCUACAAUGCUCGAACAUUUUCCAUGCUCUCUGGCGGAUCCACAAGCACCGCCCUGACCACGCAUUCAUCUAUCUUUGGUCCAUCUACGCCUGAUCUGGCGCUUUCCAGUGCCCGGCAAUCCAAGGACCUAAACUUUUCUCAGUAUGAUCGCUAUCUAUCAGUGAUCGAUCCUCACCACAACCAUUCAAAAACCACAAGGGACUCACAAACGCCCGAUGCCACUGCACAGAGUAUAUUCAGCGGCAAGACGAAACGCAGCCUUUUCAGUGUUAGGUCGGGCUUCAGAUUACGAUGGAAGAAGAAGGCAUCCCCGCAGCCGCUCCAAGUCAUGUUAGUGUGCUGA